AUGCAAGCGGGCCCUGGAGGUUCGCCUGCGCCACAUCAACUCCCUAGAAAGAAGGGCGAUGACACCGCAGUGCCGAAAGCUCCUGCGAGAGGAAAGCCUCGCGCUCAAUUCCUGAUUGACAUUCCGGCCCACGAGUAUAAGCUACGUUGCGAUAGACCAAUUAACGCAACUCUCGUGGAUCUGAUUGUAAUACUCCCGCAAUGGUUCCGCAAUCCUGCUGUCGCAUGGCGCAUGUUGUGCAACGGCAUCACUGCUGCAGUUCACUUUGCAAUUCUGGACAAGCAUCGUUACCUUGGCUUGACCAGUUCCGAGGAAGGAGAGCGCGCCCGCGACCAUAUCUCGGACACAUAUCGAAAGACGAUGCGCAGAAUCGAGCCAACCUGGACCAAAGCGAAGCAUCACGUCCCAGGUAACUGGGAUAAGUCGGUGAUGUGCAUCAACAAUUUCCUUCCGGAAGCUGCAAAGAAAGCUGAUUAUGUUCCACCGCCGUCAAUACCAUUCAAGAACUUAGCGAUCGGUCUGAAGAGUCUGCCCGUGGAUGACGACGUGGGUGAUCUUACUCGCGCAUUGGUAUUCGCGCUGCAGUACCAGAAGCUUGAUGAGCACGGCCAGCUGACGGACUUUAUGUUCCCGGAUGAUAUCCAGCUUAUUCUCAGCUGCAUGGGUCCCACUGAAACUACCCGAGACCGUUACGAUGAGGCUGUCAUAAGUCGGUACUCCGAAGCGGUUCGAGUGGCAGAAAGUGAGCGUCGUAAGCAGCUGAAUGAACAGCGGCGCCAGCGACAGGCUGCCGAGGAGGAGGCUGCUCAGUCCGUUCCUUAUUUCUACCCUGGUCAGCCUUCGGCGCUUGGAGCCUUUCCGAUGGAUCCACUGGCUCAACAGCAAAUGCAGCCGACGGUCGACUUCUCGUCCUGGGAUGAAGGGUACAGCAGCAUGCCUCCGACGGGAAUGGGCGUCUUAAUGCCGAAUGCUGUGCAGCAUCCACCGGCGAUGGGAGCCAACUCCCAAGAUCUACCCCAGUGGCCUCCACAGAUGCAGUCACAUCCCCAAGAGUACAAUGGGUUGAACUUCAAUGAGCACAGCUAUAGCCACCCACACCAAGCGCACCCAGUACGAUCGAGGUCGCAAGAGGUCGCUGCAGCAGUAGCAUCAGAGCUCGUAUACCAGGCUUCUCAGCCAGCCCAUGUGGACUUGCCCGCCAUCCCCGAUAUUUGCAUACCCGAAGGCUAUGUACAAGACGACAACGCUUUACCCGACUCUUGGUUGUACCUAAAUCCCCAGGAAGCAGCAGGGCAAAUGGAUGCACUCAUGGCAGCAAACCAGACCUUUGAUUACAGCGACGUGGAACGAUUGGCGUCGACGUCGCUCGUACCCCGAUUUAAUUAUCAUCCUAGCAUGCCUUUGCUGGAUUGUCCGGAGGCGCAAGAUCCGAAGGAUUGGGGCGAGCUCGCUCGUGCGGCGCGAUGGGCACGGACUCAUGCGUAUCCUGAUGGCCGUGAGUUCACGGUCGGGGAUAUCGAUGCUGUAUCCGACCUGCACUUCUACUGCAUACCGGAUGCUCUUCCUUUCAAAGACACGCCUCAUCCGAUCACCGGCAAGACAUGGCCUGUAACUCUCGGGCAUGAGUUUUCUGGAGACAUCGUCGAGGUCGGAGCGGAGGUGCGCAAAGGUCUCCAGGUUGGAGACAGAGUAGCCGUCCAGCCGACCAUUGGCUGCAAGCAAUGCGUUUCGUGCAAGGGCGGCUUUACCAAUUGUUGCGAUUCGUUUGGGUUCGUGGGAAUCAUGGCUUGGGGAGGUGGAUUAUCGGAUCGGGUGUGUUUAGAUGCGCAAUUCGUGUUCAAACUGCCUGAGAAGAUAACGUCAGAAAUCGGAGGUUUGGUCGAACCGCUUGCAGUUGCGUGGCAUGCAGUUGAACAGUCGGUCGCCAUAGCAGGGGACAACAUCCUGGUUAUCGGCGCCGGCCCAAUUGGUUUGGCCAUUCUCCAAUGCCUGAAAGCCUUGGAUACUGCCCAGGUGAUAGUUGCCGAAGUUGCUCAGAAUCGAAGGGAUUUAGCUCUACGUUCUGGAGCUACGGCGGCAAUCGAUCCGACGGACGAAGAUAUGGUCUCUAGAUUUCGAAGCAGGGGAACGGUGGUGAAUGUUGCCCAGUGGGGCAAAGAGAUCCCCUUCAACCCGGACAAUCUGUUGGUUGGGGAAAAGAGGCUGGUCACAGGUAAGCCAUCACGCGAAACCAUUGCGCUGAUUCGAAGCCUUGCUGACUUGUUCCGAGCGCUGAGCUACACCAGUGAGGAUUUCGAGCGAGUUAUUGACGCGCUGGAUAAAGGAACCAUCGAUGCGGAGAAGAUGAUCCCGCGUACAAUCUCGAUGGAUAGAGUAGUAGAAGAUGGCAUUCUCGCGCUGCUACACGAGAAGGAUAAACACAUCAAGAUACUCGUCGAUGUCAGAAAGCAGAAGUAA